UCCAACAACAACAACAACAACUACAAACAAAAAAACUAAAAAAAAUAAAAACUUCUAACUCUUGAUCAAGAAGAAAUUUAACGAAUACACUCUACCCCGCCUUUUUACAAAAAAGAAAAAAAAAAACAUUAACAAGCAAGUUUAGCAAAAUGCGUGAAUAUAAAAUUGUUGUUUUGGGCAGUGGUGGUGUUGGUAAGUCGGCCCUGACGGUGCAGUUUGUACAGGGUAUAUUUGUCGAGAAAUACGAUCCCACCAUAGAAGACAGUUAUCGCAAACAGGUGGAGGUCGAUGGCCAGCAAUGCAUGCUUGAGAUAUUGGACACUGCCGGUACAGAACAAUUCACCGCCAUGCGUGAUCUUUAUAUGAAAAAUGGCCAAGGUUUCGUGUUAGUCUAUUCUAUAACGGCGCAAUCAACUUUUAAUGACCUGCAAGAUUUGCGUGAACAAAUACUCCGUGUUAAGGAUACGGAUGAUGUGCCCAUGGUGCUGGUGGGUAAUAAAUGCGAUCUCGAAGAUGAACGAGUAGUAGGUAAAGAAUUGGGUAAAAGCUUGGCCAAUCAAUUUAACUGCGCCUUCAUGGAGACCUCUGCCAAAGCUAAAGUGAAUGUUGUCGAUAUAUUCUAUGAUCUCGUUAGACAGAUCAAUAAAAAAUCACCGGAAAAGAAACAAAAAAAACCGAAGAAAUCACUGUGUGUUUUGCUUUAAGACAAUACGAAAAGGAAAAAAAAACCAUACACUUGCAAACACAAUCAUGCAUAAAUACAUAUAUACAUCCAUUUGCACUCCCUUUAUGACAUUUGCUGGUAGUUUGGUGGUUAUUGAAAACCUAAAAAAGAUAAAAUUAAAAAAAAAAACAAGAAAACAAAAAAAGAAGAAAAUUAAAAUAAAAUACGAAAAUAAUCUAAACGCAUUAAAUAACUUUUAACCAACAAUGUCAUUCCUUUCCUAUCCCUCUUUUUUGAACACUGUGUGAAUCAUAACUAUUUUCCUUAAGCCAUUGUUUAAAAAUUAAGCAUAAUUAAAGAUUACAUAGGUGUAUGAAUAUCAUAUAUCAUAAGAGCAAACUAAGAAAACAAAAAAUUAAAGUUUCUUAUAAAAAUAUGAAAUAAACAAAUGAAAAACAAAACUAUACAAUUUCCUAAAGAGAGAGAAUCUUUGAUAACAAAAAAAAAAAAAAAAAAAAA